AUGCAUUCAACAGUUAUUGAUGAUAAAACGUUUCUUGACAAUAUAACUACACUUGAAUUAUCACGGCCAUUAGUGGACAGUGAACAUUAUUUUCCUCAUGUCCGAACAUUGAUAAUCAAUAAUGAUAUUCAACUUGAAACUCUUUCAUCUAUUAUUGAUAUAAAUCGGGUGGAGCAUUUAAUUAUAUACUUUCCAAUCAUGCAAUCACCACCAAAUAUAUGUCAUCUUUUAAGCACAGAUUGUCUUCAAAAAUUAUCGAUAAUGAGUAAUCCAUUUCAACUACUUAAACAAUUCAGAGGAAUGAAAUUCGAAAACAUCAGAACACUUGAAACAAAGUGUGACUUUGAAUUUGGUGACAAUUAUCCUAUUGAAGAAUUAUGUUCGACUUUUCCACGAGUUGAACGUUUACAUAUAAGAUCCAUAAAUCAAGCAACUAUGAUCCGUAUGAUUGAUGGAUUUACACAUCUCUCAAUUGCAUCCUUCUAUUUUGAUUCGUUGUCGAAUACAAAUGAAAAGUAUUGGCAAGUAAAGCCUGAGUGGGCACUUUAUGGAGCACGACGAUUAACAAACUCAUCGUAUACCUGUGGAUAUAAAGAUUCAAUUCUUCAUGCAUGGAUUAGCGAACAAGUGAGUCAAUUUUGA